AUGAGGGCCCAAGCAAUCCUUCACGCCGUGCACGACCGCCUGCAGGACCUGCCCUCGUGGUGGCGGGACAUCGACGCUAGCCUCGCCUGGCAGAAGGGCGUGUUCGAUGGCCUGGCAGUCGCAUACUGCGCGCUGGCAACGGUGGCGCUGAUCCAGAUCAUCCGCAUUCAGCUGCGCGUGCCCGAGUAUGGGUGGACCACACAGAAGGUCUUCCACCUGCUCAACUUCCUAGUCUGCGGCCUGCGCUCGGGCGUGUUUGCCUUCCGCACCCAAGUGCAGGACCUGCCAUCCACGCUAAUGCAGGCGGGGCUGCUGGACCUGCCAGGCCUGCUGUUCUUCUCCACCUACACCCUGCUGGUGCUGUUCUGGGCGGAGAUCUACUACCAGGCCCGCAGCCUGCCCACCGGCUCGCUGCGCCCCGCGUUUGUGGUGAUGAACCUGGGCGUGUACGCCAUCCAGAUUGGCCUGUGGGUGUUCUGCUCCGUGAGCGGCACCGAGGGGCAGCAGCAGCUGGGCAAGGAGCUGUCGGGCUGCUUCCUGGCCUUUGUGUCGGCAGCUGCCGCCUUUGCCUUCCUUCUCUACGGCGGCCGCCUGUGGCUCAUGCUGCGCCGCUUCCCCAUCGAGUCGCGCGGGCGGCGCAAGAAGCUGCGGGAGGUGGGCCUGGUCACCACUAUCUGCGCCACCUGCUUCCUCUUCAGGAGCAUCAUCGUGGCCUGGUCUGCCUUUGACUUUGAGGAUGCGGACCUGGAUGUGCUGGGCCACCCGCUGCUCAACCUGGUCUACUACAGCGGCGCCGAAAUCAUCCCCUCUGCCCUCGUCCUUUACAUCCUGCGCAAGCUGCCGCCCAAGCGACAGCAGCAGGGUUAUCAGCAGAUUCCCAGCCAGUGA